UCGGUGGGUGUUGCAAUGUUUUCCUUAUCGCCAUUGGAUUUCCUCUCCGCCGCUCAAAGCCGCCGCUGCUGCGUCUCCUGCCACUUCCUGCACCGAGCCACAGUUUCUCCAGUCUGUCGUCGUGAGGGGGGGCCGACAACAUGAGGAACAGAGAUCUUCGGGAGGGAACGUGAGGCUUGACAAUGACAUUACCAUGACAUAAACUAAGGACCCACCUGGAACUGUCUCCUUGUUUGUCUUUUGUUUUGUUUAUUUCUUUUUUAUUUUUCUUCGUUGUCUGGUCUGCACCUGUCUUACCUAGUGUUCACCCUCUUCUUGUGGAGAACAUUUAAGGAAGUAAUGCAGGGGUAUUUAUUAGGAUAAAACUUUAAUGUAUCACACUACUGUCUGAGAGGUCUGACCUUGUCACUCCUCUUGUCUGCCUCCUACAUAUCACUGAGAUUAAAGAUAGCAAUAUAGGUAUCAAAGGUCUUGAAAAAGUCUGCACUUAUCAUAUCUUUUGUGGCAUUAAUUACAUUUCAGCCAGCACUUACCAUGCAACAUACUUCUUAUUCUUUACUUCUGCAUUAAUUUAAUUUAAUUGUUGUAGCCUCCUUGUCUAAACAAGGUGUGUUUGUCUUAUCCAUACUUAAUUUUGUUUCAGUGUAACUAAGUUUUAGUUUUGUCCUUUUGUGUAAUUAUUUAAAGAUUUGUUGUUAAUGUCGAGUAGCUGCUCAGCUCCCUUUUGUUGUUAUCACAAUAGGCGGCUUUAAGUUGUAAUGUAAACUUCUUUUUUCUUUUCUUUUUUUUACUUAUGCAAUCUUUGUGAAGAACACUUUUGUUUAAAUGAACGAUCUUGUAGUGGAAAAUAUGCCUUUAUAAGUCCUGUUGUCUUUGAAUAUGUUGAAGUUUUGCUCACCCACUUUUCCACUGGCAGUAAACUGUAGAAGCUGACAGCUCUUCAGAUCAAACUGUGAUGGGAGCUUUCUAACUGUGACGCAAAGACUUAUUUAGCAGUUCCAAUUUCACUGGAUAAAUACUUUAAACAGGAGAACCUUUAAACUGGAAGGACUUAAUGUUUCUCUUUAAAUGAAGAUACACACCUGAAAUGGACAGAUGGGAACAGAAACUCAGAGCUGAUUUUUUUUUUUCGGUGACUGUGUCUCUUGAAUUCAAGCACUGAAGAUGGAGAAUGAUUUUGAGGAGAUUUCAGGGAUAAAGUUCUCAGACUGACAUUCAGAUACAUUUUGAUUUUCCCUGCAAAUCUUGAAGAGCUGCCAAAUUCCUCCUCUUCAAGCCUCUAACUACGGAAGAUACUUGUUAGACUUUUUUUUUUUUUUUUUCCCCCCGAUAAACCGCGUGAGGUUUCAGCAGUGAGGAUGCGAUCUCCAGAACCCUCCUUACCCUCCACAGCAGAAGCCCUCCUUCAUGGCCAGUUUGCCAGUUGGGGAUCCGGCAGCAACAGCAACAAUAACAGCUGCCCCAACAGCCCUGGUGGUCCGGGGGGACUCUCCCCUGCUGCCUCCCCUACUCCGGCUCCGGCUUCCAACUAUGCCUUGACCCUCACCCACACCCACAUACAUAUCCAGCGUCUGUCACCACGGCCGGGGAAGGAAGCCCGUCUCCUGCUGCCUUUAUCAGAGCUAGUGGGGUGCAGCUGCCCUCGUGCCCCUGCGCCCCCUCUCCUGGUGCUGUACUGGUACCCGCCAGGCAAACGACGGAAAGGGGUGUCACGGCGCAGGCAGGUGAGGGCCUACCUGGCAGAAAGCAGGCCUGAAGCCGAGAGGUGGUCGGCUGCUGUGCAGUGUCUACUCAGAGAUGUGACCGUCACUGCUGAAACAGAAUUUUCAAGAAGUUUGCUACCUCGUCCCAGGCGACUACUGUUAUUGGUCAAUCCCUUCAGUGGGAGAGGCCAGGCAAUGCAGUGGUGUCAGACCCACAUUCUGCCAAUGAUCAGAGAGGCCAACAUCAGCUACAACCUUAUACAGACAGAGCGUCAGAACCAUGCCCGAGAGCUUAUCAGAGAGAUAUUGCUCCCAGAGUGGGAUGGCAUCAUCAUUGUUUCUGGAGAUGGCUUGCUGCACGAGGUAAUCAAUGGGCUGAUGGAGCGUCCUGAUUGGGAACAAGCAAUAAAAACACCUGUCGGCAUUCUGCCCUGCGGCUCCGGGAAUGCACUGGCUGGCUCCAUCAACCACAAUGCAGGGUAUGAUAUGUGCCUUCGGGAGCCCCUCCUAUUGAAUUGCUGCUUUUUGCUCUGUCGAGGCGGUGUCCGACCCAUGGACAUUGUCUCUGUGACAACAAGCCCUCCUCCCUCCAACAACAGUCGUACCGCAGCACCCAGGAGGCUGUUUUCUUUCCUCUCUGUUGCCUGGGGCUUUGUAUCCGAUGUGGACAUUGAGAGUGAGAGGUAUCGUGGCCUAGGCUCAGCUCGCUUCACCCUGGGCACCCUGGUGCGCAUAGCUUCUCUUCGAUCCUACAAGGGUCGUCUGUCCUACCUGCCUCCCUCUAUUUGCACCACAUCACCAGAUGCCACACCUCCUCCGCCAAGGAGACCCCUCUCCCGCAGUAUUACAGAAGGCCUGGAGGGCUUCUGCCGAACCCCCAUCCAUCGCACCUGCUCUGACAUGGGCAUCAGCGAACAGAGGAGUCUGCGUAGGGGUGAGGGAGAGAGGGAAAAAGAGGAGAGGCAGAGAGAAAGGGAGAGGAGAAGGGAGAGGGCUAGAGGAGGAGGAAGCGGUGUGGUUAGGGCAAGCAGCCUGGCGGAGGACAGAGAGAGAGAACGGGAGGGGGAGGUGGAGAUGGAAGCAGAAGAGGAGAAGUCAGGGACAUGUUCGGAGAGGUCUGGCACGAGUUCAGAAUCAAAUGAAAGGGAUGAAUGCAGUAUGGGAAGGGCAAAAAGGUUGGCGGGGAUCAAGGAUGAAAGGGAGGAUGAGGGAAGAGCAGAGCACAACUCCAGUGAGAUGGAGGAGGAGGAUAGGGGGAAGGAUGGGGAAGGCAGUAGUGGUUCUGUUGAGGGGGAGAGAGGGUUGUAUACGAGAGAGAUCGGAGAGAGGGUGGACAUGGGGCGAGAGGCAGAUGAAGAGCCAGACGUCCAGGAAACCAGACAGUCACUAAGAAAGAACUCAGCCCCUUCGAGCCAGAUAGCCAACGCUCUCUUCAACCAGCCUCUCAGUCAGGAGGCUGACGCAGACUCUGGCACUUCAUACGGGGUAGAGGACAUGGAUCUGAACGGAACCUACUACCAGAAAGAACCUUACCAACUAGACGUUGGUCGUGAGCGAUCUCUCACCAUUUCAUCUCCCUUUCGUCACUCUCCCUUCUCUUACAAGCCCAAGACCCUGGACCAAAACCAGAACGCCUCCCGGCCGAGGCCCCUCUCCCUCCUCCAGCACUCCCACUCAAACUCAUUACCCCCUAAACUGCCCUCCCUCUCCCUGUCUCUCUCUCCCACACCGCCUUCCUCCCCUUCAUGUGCCUCCCCACACUCCUCAUCCUACCUCGUCCCCCGUCCCAACACCCCAAAUUCCACAUCGCCGUCACCGUGUCUACGCACACCGUCCUCAUCUUUUAACUUUGACAUUGCCGAGCCAGCAGGACCCCAAAAGAACCGUCCUUUCUCACUGCCUUUAAAUCUCCCUAGGGAUGACUUGUUACCCCCCCUUGACCAACCCCUUCCCACCAGAGACUGGGUCACCAUUGAAGGGGACUUUGUCCUGGUCCUGGCCCUUUAUCAGACCCACCUUGGGGCUGAUCUUCAUGCUGCACCCCAGGCCAGGUUUGAUGACGGGCUGAUCCAUCUGACCUUUGUGCGGGCGGGAAUCUCCAGAGCCACUCUGCUGAGACUGUUCUUUGCCAUGGAAAGAGGAACUCACCACUCCGUCAGCUCGCCAUAUGUGAGCCACGUUACCUGCAGAGCCUUCAGGCUGCAGCCUCUAUCUACACGGGGGACACUCACUGUGGAUGGAGAACUGGUACCCUAUGGACCACUUCAAGCGCAGGUUCAUCCUUCCAUAGCUCGUCUCAUCGUUGGUGACUCUGGAGUGAAGAUUACCAGAUUCUAAUCAGGGAAUAGUUGAGCUGAUUGAAAGAUCUCACUCUACCACUCUACUGAAUUAUGUAAUCUCUGUUGUCAUCUGUACUCUGAAACAGAGGGGGAGUAUCUAAGAGACUUAGAAUAGCCUGGAUUGCAGAAACUGCUUUUCUUGGGUUUAAUGAAAGGGAUAACCCACCAAGCCACGCAUCAUUGGAGCAUGACUGCAGGGAUUAAUAGCAAAUUUGAAAAUGGAUGAAAAAUGCGCCUCAUUGCACAGCUGUUGGAUUACGCUCUGCGUACCCUGAGAAGCAUGAAAACUGCACAGCCUGGGAUAAUAAGAGGGAAGAACAAUCGAAUGUUUAUGGAUUUUUUUGUGCAGAUAGUGCAUGUGUUGGAUGUAUACAUAGUAGUAUGCAUGCAGAGAAGCACUACCUGCUUGUUGCCUUUCAAUGAGAUGGAGAGAAAUCAGAUUUCAGAGAGAGUUGUUCUUAAACAUGAAAAUCUAUAAAAAUAGAUUGACAUUCACUUGGGCAAAUAGCACAUUAAAAUGUGUCCCAACACUCAAUCUUCAACCCUUAUGUCAAAUUAAUGGAGUAUAAAAACUUCCGUCCCUGAAAGGAAUGCCUUAUCUGACACUGGACAGUACAGUUGUACCAUUGAUCUUUUCUUACUUAUAUAAGAAACCCAAAUCUUCGUAAUCUCUAUCCACCUAUCAGAGAGUCCGUCCAACACAUGAAUAUACUGGUAGACCCACCUAUCUACCGUUAUCUUCAAGCACGCAACUCUCCACUGUUUUAAGCAUCAGUGGGGAAGAUUCGGAUAAAUGUACACUUUAAUGACCAUUUUUUUCAUGCAAGUGACUCAAUGCAGAGCAGCGAGAUCAAGCUUUUCAGGGUCAUUACAUUAGUUGGCGCAAUGGAACUGUUGAACGGUAACCGUUACUGACAUUUUUACAUAAUUUGCCAGUUUUUCUUAGCCAGUGGAUGCACGAUAAUGAUGUCAGUGAUAUCAAACUUUGCAACAUAUUGAAUAUAAAAAUAUCUGAACGAAGCAAGCUUCUUUGUCAGUGGUUUUAGACUGUUCAUUGUCAAGAAAUGUUUCAGAAUCACACACAUUAGCCCUCAGCACUCUUUUAUGUCUAGAAUAUAUCACUAUUUCUAAGUAAUCAUCUUUGGAAGCAUAGAGGCCAUUACAUGCCUCUGUUAAAUAGGAAGUAGUGCAUUUAUUUUGCACAAUAACGAGCAGAAGCAGAAAAGAUCACAACACUAGAAUGCAUAUUAACUUUAAGAUGCAUAUGUCGCAGAAUCAUAUGUUCUAGAAAUUAAUGCACUAGUAUUAAUAGCCUAGUCAAGAGACUUUAAUACAUGGAUCACAUUACAUUCAUAGCCUGAAAUGAAUUAAAUGUCUCAAUUUGAGAACUUUCAUAGCUUCUGAAAGGUAGGACUGACUGAUCACAAUACCAUUUAGACACUUUAAAAUCCUGCUGUAGAGACAAACAGAGGUACAACACUAAAAUCUAGCAGCUCUGUGUUGUCACAUCAGAGUUUUGAUCAAGAGAUAAAUCAGAUCGAGGGGAAACAACUUCAACUGCGAGAAAUUAUCCAGCAGUAGAGCCAAUCUUUUGAAGUGACUGAUGGCUUUAAAUGAAAAAGUACUUCCAAAUGACGAUGUGCUCCUAAGUGAAAUCAAACAGCAGACAUGGGAGCCCUACUAGGAAUUGUGGUGUUGGGGUUUUUUUUUUUUUAAUGUUAUGAUAAAACCUGCUGAUAUACUCAGUCUUGACAAAGGAUUAAUCAUUAGCAUGUGCAGUGUAUCAAUCAGUAAGCUCAUGUGCCGACUGCUUGGGUCAUCAUCAACAUACUGUAUGUCUUGGUCAUGCCUGGAUAAAUUAAUGCCUCUAAGUAAUAAGCCUGUAAAUUCUGGCUGUUGAUCAUGAACUGUUCAAACCUGACUGCAGAAAAUGGAGUAAAACUCUUUGCUCACCAGGCUGUUAUUUUUCUUCUAUUUCUUUUGUCUUACCCUUUGACGCACAAUGCAGCUAGUCUACCACAAUUACACUGUGCUUACACAGCUACAGAAUGUGAAUACAUUUUGAGUCUAGGCUUGUAACAUCACCAAAUAGAAGAAUCUAUAUACACUUUGAAUGGAGUUUUCCCAAAAUGUUUACUCUUGAUGUUUAAGAGACUAGUUAUGACAGUUUACCUGCCUAAACAUUUUGUCGUCUAUGGCCAUAACCCGCACCAUGGUGUUAUAGACCAAUUUGAUAUGACAAUGUCGGGGUAUGACCCCUCAAUUGAUAAUGCCAUUAAGAUGUCUGUAGUGGACUGCCUGUAAUGAAAUUGUAAUUAUUACUAAAAUGAUGAAAAUAUAUAAAUAUACAAUGUACAGUUAAUAGUUAUAUAUGGUUUUGAAUAAAUGUAACUUGAUAAGUUUGUCUGGAGCAAA